AUGACAUGUCUCAACUGGCCGGAUGGAUACCAGAUACCACAGCAGGACGAGGAAGUCCCGGUGGGCGAGAAGAGCAGGGGACCUGUCUUGAAGGAUGUGUCUUUGGCAUCGGGUUGGAUGGGGCCGACGAAUGUGUUCGCCGAAACCAAGAGGCAUCGGCCUGAUGGCCCUGCAUGGGAUCUCAUGGAAAAAACCUCGGCAGUGUUCUGGCAUUUUCGGGCAUCGGAGACGGGUGGAGAGGCGAAUUUGGGCGAAGUCUGUCCGCAACAGCGAGGGUAUGCAAGAAAAAGCCUCGAACCGAGACAUGUUCUUUGCAUGCAAGACGUUGGGAGUACAAUCUCGCAUGGAAUCGUAAUGAAUGAUGAGGCGCAAAAGGGCAGCCUGGGGUGCAAAAAGUGGGUUAGGGGAAGGUCCGAGCACCUGGUCGGAGAAUUGAUGUCCAUCAGAAUCAGAAUAAUAUGUUGA